UUCCAUCAUCUUUUCCACAGUGCAAAAAUCGGUUGUUAACUUGUUUUGUUUAUCCUUUUAAGCUCGAUAAUUUUUGAUUAUUUUGUUAAUUAAAGUGUUAACCUGCUGUUCAAGAGCUGAAUUUAUCUUAAAGGGUGCAAAUCUGUACACAUUAAAUUAGCAUGUUAAGAACCAUUCAAUGUUUAACUGGAUGGAAUAGCAUAGCAUUAGUUAACAAUUUCUCAAGAUGAACUAGCAGCUAGUUACUAGCUCAAUUUGGAAGCUGAAUGAAUUAAAUAGAUUUGAACAAGUUUACGAGAUGCCACUACUUUCCAAUUCUCACCCCCACUCUUCUUGUAGUCGAGUUCAUUUUGCCGAGAACGAUGAUAACGAGGAUAAAAGCAGAGGUCACGGUCACCUGUCCAGGAAUGAGAAUGGAAAUGGGGACAAUACUAACGACGGGGGUGACAAUGAUGACAAAAAGACUCCAGAUCGAGAUGAAGUUAGGCAAGACCAUACACUACCUCCCUUGCCCAUCAAAAAGGUGGCCCUCCCCAUUGUACGGUCUAAAAUAGAUCAACAUGAAGCUCAAUUCCUAUUGGGGGUGGAUGAUAAGAAAUUCCAAAGUACGAAAACUCUCAAAGUUACCAAUGGUUCCCUGUCGUCCCAUCAUAAUAAUAAUCUACACGAAAUAUCGGAUGCCGCAAAUUCUGCAUCUAAAAUCCCGAAAUCUCUUAAAAAUCUGGUCGUUCGCGAAAAGAUCCAUCCCAACGUCAACCCUGGACGGAGAAAGGAUCCUACUAAAUCAUCGUCCAAGUCGCCGACACGGGUUAAUGCCAUUGACUUGUCAAAUAAAAAUCCAUACAAUACUAAAAUUGUCGUCUCACGGGGUGUCGAGAUGAAAAGGGUGGAUGGAAAAUCUGAUCAUAUUUCACAGCCACCAGUAUCAACUUACGGGUCCUCAUCAUGUAAUAAUAAUAUAAAGCCACGAACGGCCACAACCACGAGAAAACAAGCUUCCUCCUCUACGGCAGAGUCAUCAUCGAGUAAAAAUUUGAAACGCAAAUCUGUCACAAUCGAACCAUCAUCACUGCGUCCUGCAAAAUCCAAAGGGAAACCAUCCACCGUAGUUGUGACACCUUCGUCUCAAAAUGAAUCUGCCCCCUUGGCCACGACCGGUGCGGGAGAAGGUCAUCCCGGUAUCGUGUUGGCAGAAUCGUACAAGACAUUGAAAGAGUUUUUAAACCUGCCACCCGUUAUUCCUGUCUCGAACGAUAAAAAAGAUGACAGCCAGCAGCAACAGGAGGAAGACAAAGCUAUUACGGAACCACCGCCAACAAAAUCAAAACCUACCGCAAAUUCCUACUACAAGUCUAAAUUUUGGGAAUACGUUGACCCAAAUAAGAAGGCACCAUCGUCCAAACCACCAGAGAAACCAAAGGCGUAUGAUCCCACAGCUGUGAAAAGUUUCAUUGAGAAACAGAAAGAAAGUCGACGGGAAAAGGAGACGGCAGAUUUGAAAGCGAAGCAAGAACAGUUGGACAAGAAAAAGAAACACUUGGCACUAUUGAAGGAAAAGUGUCGUCAUUUGGUGGUGGGCAGUGGGAAAACUCCACCGACUACGACCUCAUUAACAGCUACCACCAGUACCAAGGGGUUAAAAACAAGUACCACGACCACCUCUGGCGACGAUGCCUACAAUUUCAUCAGGAAAGAUGUGCUGGAGCAGGUCCUCCAAAAAGUAGCGACUGGUAGUGCCCCACCAAGUAGUGAAAUAAAAGUUAUUCAUCAUAAACCUCCUCCACCUCCUCGUGUCCAGUACCACUCUGUUCGACCAGUAAUUAAGUCACCUCAUCGACCACCACAACCUCAACGUCGUCUCCCAAUGUCCAGUCCGAGUAGCAGGACCAUCACCAACACCACCACGUCCUCCGCUGCAGUGUCGAGAAGCUCAAUUCUGCUCCAAGAAUUUGAAACAAUUGUGAAACGAGAAUGCAUAAACUUCUUUCAAACAAAACACGUCGCGACUGAAACGAUGCCACAGCCUUCACUUCCCCCACCACCAUCAUCAUCGGUGGAAAAACGGUUUUCUGAAAAAUGUGUCGCAACCACGGCGAGUUUAGGAGAAUUGGAGAAAUCCAAUAAUAUUUUCUCCUCAAAAUCUUCCAUCCUGUCAGACAACUCGUCCAUAAUUUCCGUCAAACUAAGAACAAUGCAUGAUUACGAUGCUGCAGCGUCCAAAAUCCAGGCCGCUUUUAAGGGAUACAAGGAGCGAAAAAUACUAAAGGAGGCGAACAUUCUUCCUCGAGAUUUGCUUCGAGUCAAGAAAAUGCUCGCCCUAAAGAGACCGGUGGGAAUCGGUGGAUCAGGUUUUAAAAUGUCUUCCUUCUCUUCAAAAAUGCCAGAAAAACCAUACGAUCAGGAAUCACCAUCAUCUUCUUACUCCGAUUAUUUAAAACAAAAGCUUGGCAAGAACGAGAGCAAGAUUCGACACGUGUCACCAACGGUCACUCCUCACGCUCCCGCACGACCAACCUCUUCUUCCUCGUCGCGAAAGUCAUUUAACGAGCCCUACCCAACGGAAGCUAUUCAGCGAUUACAGCAGGAGGCCCAAGUGGCAGCCGUGUCGAGACGAAAUUCUUUGUCGGAACUGAGAAAAUGUGUCAUGCUCCCCGAAACUCGUCCUCGGCCCAAUUUAGACGCCUCGCUUUUGGAUACAACGUUGACACCGAAAAAUUCUUCAACGGGACUACUAAAUUUGAGAAGAAAGUCUGAGAGUCUAGGAUUGGGUAUCGGUCAGCCAGCUCCAUCAAUUUCGGCCGUCUUGUUUGAAAAACUCAAGGGUUUGCAGAGUGAGAGAGAUGCAAUCACGACGAGAAAGAGUGUGUCGGCCAUACAUCUCACCCCUCCUGCAGUGGAUGACGAUUUUGAAUCCAUCUCCUCCAUUGCUCAUCCUCACGACUCGCAGGAUGUUUCUAUCACGGAUGACUAUUUUGGUCCAUCUGACUCUGAAAUGCAUCAUCCCCGCACUCUGACAUCCACUCCUCUGAAACUACUAUCUGAGACGAGUCUCCAUCAAUCACAAGAGCAAAAGCACCAUCGUAUUCAUCAUGGUCCCCGAAAAUCCAAAUCCCCUAAAUCUCCAUCUUCCAGGGAAGAUGAGUCAGCUAGCACAACCACAGUAGAGACUGAUGUAGAACUUGGACCAGGUCAAGGUCACCCCACCACAACAGUGACCACGUCAACAACGCCGGGUCAACCUUCAUCCACAUCGGCUCUUCCCAUGCCUGCCAUGACAUUGAGGUAUCACGCGGAACGAGAACGGCUUAACAUUUUGGAAAAGGCCAUUCAAGCAGCGACUUUGUACGAAAAAAGACAUGAUCGUGUUGCACCACCGCCAGUUCAAGCACCACCACCACCUCAGCCGCCUGUGAAAGUGCCCACCACUUCUGAAAUUGAGAGUAUUGCAAAGAAAGUUGCCGAAGACCGGAUUAAAGUGAACCUGGCCGAGUUGGAGAAGGAAAAAUGGAGCAAUCUUAUCAAACAACAAGAGUCAACACAACAAACGUCGUCCUUGAACAACUUGGCUUUGGAAGUGAUGAAAUGUCAACAAGAGGCAGCAGCAGCGACAGCGGAAGUUUCCAAGAUGAUGAUGCAAGUGGGCAAGUCAGUUUUGGAGGACAGACAACAAGAGAGAAUUUUUCAAGAGAACAGGAUUCAUCAGCAGCAACUCCAGGCCAGGAUAAGUGACGAUCCCGUAAAUAUGGCAGCGAUUGUGGUUGCUGCUGUGGACGAGGCUCAAAGGAUUGUUGAAAGGGAACGACAACAUCGAGAAGCUCUAAGUCGGGUGACACGAAGACCUCAUCAAAGAGGGGAAGAAUUCCAGAGAGUGGAAGAACAGGAAGCUAGCGAAAAACAAAUAUUCAGAUUUUCGACUCCUUCCCAUCAAGAUGUUGCUCUUCAAUUUCCAUCAUUUUCCUCAUCAUCGGAAACCCCUUCCGUGGUUGGCGUGGGGGACGAUGAGCAACUGGAGAAAGAACUGAACCAAGGAGACGAGUUAUCAUUGGACCACCUUCAAUCAUUUGUUGAUGAUCAACCAGACAACAGAUUUGAACAAGAGUCGUCCGAAGUAGAGAUGAUCAAAUCGGUGACACAGCUUUCUGAGCAAAACAAUUAUCACACCUCGCAAAAUGAAACGCCCUCGAAAAUUGAAGUAGUCGAAGAUUCCUUCACCAGCAAGCCAGCAGACGACAAGACGGAGGAGUCGAUAGGAUUCGAGGCGUCGUUCCUUUCUGAAGAGAAAGAACCCACAGAAGAACAAGGGACAGAGUCGUCAAUUCCAGAAGUAGCCGAUGUAGAUGAAGACAACAAAACAGAGUCCCCACUUGCAAUCAGUCAUAUUGAGGAGGAAGAAGAGCAGGAAAUAUUUGAAAAUAGUAAAGUCGAAUCCGUUUCCGAAGUGAAGGCUGAAGUUGGAACAAAUAUCUCAAUCGGUGAAUUCAGCAGGUCCAAAGAAGAAGAUGACCAUGAUCAUGACUUGGCAUCUUUUAUGUCUGACAUGCAACAAUCUGAAGGACAUGACGAAAUGGAUAAAAAGCAUGGAUCGCAAAUGGAUGACCAUGAAAAUGACUUCAUUUAUUCCGGGACCGUGGAGGAGGAGGAGCAGAAGGGCAUCAUCAGCAGUCCUACCAUUGAACAAUUCCUGGUCCUGGAUGACUCUCCUGGAAGAUUAGAAGGGAUGGAAGAAGAAGAUGAUGAUGAAGGAAAAAUAGUAAAAAUAUCACAACCACCUUUUACCAAGGAGCAUGAAGAACCGGAAAGGUCGGAGAGUAAUAUUCCUAUCCUCAACGACGAGAUUGUGCCAACUAAAGAAAGUGAGGACAUUCCCUUGCUGUCCAUACAGCAUUCUUCAUUGUCUCCUCCUCCCCCAGAAGAAGCAGUCCAUUCUGUCGUCAUAAACCAAACAAUUGAGUCAGAAAACGUUGCGACCAGUUCCCCCCUCGAGCCAGGCAAUGUUCAUAAGGAUGAGUCAGCCCCCUCCGCUGUGGAAGAAGAUAAUAAUAAUAAUCCUGAGAGUAUCCUCGAGUCUAUCGGCUAUGAUGUUGACAGCGACGUUGGGGCUGACAUUGACAUUUCCUCUAAUGCUGACCGUGAUUUGAGUAAUCAGAGUGGGCAAUUAAUUCCCAGCGGGGAUGAUGAAAACGGAGUCAUUAACGAUGAUGAUGAUGGCAAAAAGAAGCCAACAAUUAAAACUCCGUCACCACCUCCGUCACCACUCUCAAUUCAUGAUCACAAAGAAGAAGGGGCAGUGACCCCUCCUGAUACCGCUCAAUCUGACCUUAACAUAGACCAGCUCCCUCAACAAAUGCUGGUAAAGGUGACGAUUGACAAUGGGAAAGAUAAUUCCGAGAAUGAAACCAUGAAUGAAAAUUCUCCCAUCGUGGUUACCCUUGAAACGGAACUGGUGAAAGACUCAGAAGAGCUUAGUGCCCAACAACAGCUACCACCACCGCAAGACUUUUCAUCUUUAUUAUCCGACCCUGAAAAUAAAGAUGUCAAUUCCUCCCUCCUCUCUGAAGUUAGUGACAAAUAUAGCGAGUCAUUUCUCUCUGAUAAAGAAGGAGACGAAGAAGAGGCGGAUUCCGAGCCCCGUUUCGAAGAAGAGGGUGAUAAUGACGAGAGCGAGUCACGGGCAGGAUCUAAAAAUUCAUACCAAGAAGAAAGAGACCAAAGUCCGGAAAAGGAUUUAAUACUUUCUCCAAUUGUGGAUUCCACCCCCGAGGAGGACUCGGCAACCAGUCCCACAAAGGAUGAGUUUGGUGAAGAGGAUGAAAAAGGAUCUCCUCGUACGACUGAAAUGGAUCCCCCACAAAUCCCCAUUACUACUACCACUACACUUACACUUACUCCUGCUACUACAAUCACCACGACCUUCCCGGAAACCCAGAGUGUACCACAACCUCCACCACCACCAGAACCGCUUGAGGACAAAUCUGAACUAUUCCAAUUGGUGACCCAACAGCGGCAAAGAGUGGAAGACGAGAUUCGAGAGCUUGAGGCACAAAUUUCUACCUCGCCCAGUGAUGCAAUUGAUGACUACUUGUCCGCCUUGAAACAGGAGGGUGGCGAUGCGAGAAUCAUUACUUGUCCCCGACCACCUCCACCCUACCCUCCAGUCGACUCUGUCUUGUCUACCCUCCACAGACAUAUCGACGAGAACAGGAUGGAGGAUCCAGAACUUAUUCACCGGGUCGUGGCGGAAGAGGUCGACCGUGUUUGGGACGAGUACGUCAGAACGGGAAACAUUAAAAUUGAAGAACAAGUGGUGGCAGAUGUGGAAGAAGAAAAGGAGGAGGAAGAUCUUGAAGGUGACGAUUUUGAAAUUGGUGAUGACAUUGAUGCCAGCAACAUGGAAUUAUUCGCCAACUACAUUCGUGACAACACCGUUGCUCUCACUCACCUGGUCCGUGAAACAAUCCGCUCCACGUUAAGCAUUCCUGAAUUGAAGACACCCGUCGGAUUUGUGGAUACUUGUCGACGUGGCGUUUAUGCCCUGGAGGCGAAGGAGUUCAAAGUUCCAAAAACCAAGGAAGCCCUCAUCGCCGCUGUAGAACGUGCUAUCGCCCCUAUUCCGCUUGAACCAAAACAAGUGAACGGGGAGAAACCGCAAGUCUUAAAAAAUCUGACAACCCAUGCAACCUGGACUUGUCGGCCAAUGGACGUUGUGGAAAAUAUUUUAGUCCCUGAAAUUAUACAGGAUGAACUUAACUGGGUAAACGCGUGGCCUGAAGCUCUCCUCCUUCAGGAAGAAUGUAAAGAUAAAAUCGUUGCUGCGUGUUUAAAAGAUGUCUUGCAAAAUUUUGAACAAGCAUUCAAAAACUGUUGAAUAUGUGUUUCGAAUUUCCGACUCCAUAAAUAAGAAUUAUACUUAAAUUGUGAUAUUACGUAAUUUAUACUCCGUCCCACAAACAUUUGUAAUUUAUUGAGCAAAAGUUCUGAAUAUUUUUGUAAUAAAUUGUCUAUGCCAUGAUAUUUAGCCAAGAAUAACAAUAAGCCGUCUUAAAUAAUAUUAAUAAAUUCCAAAUUAUUGAUCUCACAGACUGGCUUUAAAUCUAAUAAUUUUGCAGAAGGGUGCAAGGUAUAUAUGUAUUUAUUAUCCGUAUUUUGUGAUACUAACUUUCUUACGAGUUUAAAUAAAUGAAUAAAUAAAUCAUUUCACUUGA